AUGGCUUCUGCUACACCCAUCAACAUGAGCCAUUAUGGCGCUCGCCACAAUCUCACCCAUAACUGGCGCCUCCUGAUAUCUUGCAUGCUCCUCUCAACCUGCUACUUUACCUUUGGCUACGACGCCUACAUCUACGCAGGUGUCAUCGCGAUGCCAACCUUUGUCGCGAACUUCGGCACCCUGACUCCAGAAGGAUACCUCCUGACCGCAAGAGAUACUUCCAUCGUGUCGUCCAUUCCAACCAUCGGAGCCGUACUUGGCUUUGUGAUGAUAGCUUUGAUGGCUGACCGAUUUGGUCGCAAAGUGACCAUCUAUACUGGCUGUGUGAUCGGGCUUGUGGGAAUGGUGCUGCAGACUAUUGGUGUCAGUCUGGCUGUGCUGACUGUCGGGAGGACCAUUGCAGCCAUGUCGACCUUUGUCACAUUGAAUAUGGCCAUCACCCUAUCCGCAGAGCUUGCACCAGCUUCGAUUCGCGGCUCGAUCAUGACACUGUCUGCCGUGACCAUCGGUAUUGCUGGCGUCAUUGCCUCUGGCAUCAACUAUGCCACAUAUGCUAUCAUGACCAACUUCGCCUGGCGGCUUCCCGUUGGCCUGCAGCUGGCUGGACCAGUCUUGAUCGUCAUCUCUGUCUUCUUCGUCAUGGAGUCGCCCACAUUCUAUCUCAUCAAAGGUGAAGACGCCAAGGCUCGCCAAAGUCUUGUCGCUGUCCGCCAGGGCUAUACAGACGCAGAAAUCGACAAUGAGCUGGAGAACAUGAGACAUCAACGAGCACUCCCCGCCAAGGAAGAGAAGGUAUCGCCAGUGGACAUCUUCAAAGGUGCGAAUCUUCAACGCACUUUCCUAGCCUCCUCUUUUGUCAUUAUCACGCAGCUUUCUGGUUUGGCUUUCAGCACUACAUAUGCUGCCAUAUUCUUCAUUCAGAUCAACCAAGCCAACCCGUUCCUGAUGGUCCUUGCACUGACAAUCUUGCAACUCGGUGGAGCAUGCACGGGUCAAGUCUUGAUCGAAGUUUUGGGCAGGAGGAAACAGGCCUUGUUGGCGACAAGCGUACUUUUUGUCCUCAAUAUCGCUAUUGGUGGACUAGGCUUCGCGCAGGCAACCGACAAACAGGCCAUGACGGCGAUCGCAGCACUUUGCCUUGUGUUCGGAUUCUUCAUUGCAGCCACCAUGAGUCCUCUGCAAUGGUGCGCCAUCGCGGAAUUCCCCACAGCACGUCUUCGUAACGUGACCACGGCAUACUCCUUGCUCAAUGCCAAUUUGGCGACACUUGUGAUCUCAUAUGUGUUGCCAUACAUCACAAAUGCUGAUGCUGGCAAUUUGGGACCAAAGGUAUACCUCAUCUUCGCCGGCUUCAUGCUCAUAUCCUUUGUCUGGGCAUUUUUCCGCUAUCCAGAAAUACGUGGAAGAACGAUGGCUGAACUGGACGAGAUGUUUGAAGCUCGCAUUAACCCAAGACAAUUCCGCAAGCAUGUUUGUCUCAACAGUCUUGAACAUACUGCCACAAUCAUUAACAAGCAGGAUGGUUCGAAUUUGACUGUAAUUCCCGACGAGAAGCACAAUGCUCGCAACCAAGCAUCAGUGCAGGAGGUCGAGAUUGGCACGGUCUGA